CAUUAACUGUAGAGUGUUCUGGUAGUGACAGGGCUGUCAGGGUCAGAUGGCUGCUCAGCCUGAUUAGACCAGCUCACAGCAGAUCCUCAGCCCAGCACUCUGCACUGCUACAGCUACAAACUGGCACGUACAGUACAGACAUCACAGUGGAUACUGAGAGGCCAAGAGGUACAGGGAGAGGUGGAUAGUUCAGUGUUAUUGUGGAGCAGCAGGUUGUUGCAUGAAUAUGCCAUUUUCUGCUGGUUGACUACCAGACAUCUCAGCUUCUAGAGGCAGAAAGAGCAGGUGGACUUUACUUUGGCAAAGAGGCAGAAGAAGUGCUGUUAUUUCUGUUGUUGGAAAUUACAUUGCAUAGCAGAACUGCUGGUUGAUGGAGUUUGUGCGGCGGAGUGGUGACUACUGCCACGCCCAACACAUUUAGAGUCUAUCUGGAAUGAAGCUGCACCAUGCAGUCCUGCGGCCCUGAUACCUGAAAGACCAUUGGCCCUUGCCCUCUAAAACCAGCCAGCUCAUGGGGUAAGACGUGGAACCUCGUCACUGGAAGCUAACUGGAGAGAGAAGGACACAGAGAGCUAAAGAACUAAGAGACAAAGAGAGAAGGACUAAAGCAGAUCAGAGAGAUAAAAACAAAGAGACGGACACAGAGAGAGCUGACACACUGUAGCUUCCUGGACUAUAGGAUACAGUCAACUGAUGGAGUGAAACUGUUCUCAAGACAACAGGACCUCAGAAUUGGGAACAAAUAAACAGUCUGUUUAGGAGACUGUUCAUAAAUAGUCUCCAACAGGAAGUUCAGCAAAAGACAGGAAGUCCAGAGUUACCUGGAGACCUGAUAUAAGUCGAAGACACAGCAGCUACCUGCUACAGCUGGAGCUAAAGGUCCGAGGUCCUCCUGGGAUAUCAAAGGUCACGCUGGUCACCAUGAACCGUCCAGCUCCAGUGGAACUGUGCCACAAAAACAUGAGAUUCCUGAUCACACACAACCCCACAGACAGCACACUCAGCUCCUUCAUAGAGGACCUAAAGCGCUUUGGUGCCACCACAGUAGUUCGAGUCUGCGAUAUUACCUAUGAUAAAACACCGUUGGAGAAAGACGGCAUUACUGUAGUGGAUUGGCCGUUUGAUGAUGGAGCCCCGCCCCCCAGUAAGCUGGUUGAUGAUUGGCUGAGUCUACUGAAGAAGAAGUUUCAGGAGGAUCCAGGAUGCUGCGUGGCCGUUCACUGUGUGGCUGGGCUGGGGAGGGCUCCUGUGCUGGUUGCUCUGGCUCUGAUAGAGAGUGGGAUGAAGUAUGAAGAUGCUAUUCAACUUAUCAGACAGAAACGUCGUGGAGCCAUCAACAGUAAACAGCUAACCUACCUGGAGAAAUAUCGAUCCAAGCAGAGACUCCGCUUCAAAGACUCUAAUUCACACAAGAACAAGUGCUGCACAAUGUGAACACACACACACACACACACACACACACACACACACACACACACACACACCAAAGACAUUUUGUACCUGGGUCAUUCCUGUUAUGCAGCAAUAUUUUAAUAUAUGCCCUGUCCUCACAUUUCCUUUAAGAUGUGUCACAUUUUUUUUUUUUUUUUUUAAAUGGCUUAAAUUAUAGAUAAAGGUCUUCUUUAUCACAUGAACACAGAAUAAUGCACAUUAAAAAUACAUGUUUUACUUUACUGCCCUUUUUUAUGGUACAUAUGCUCGAUUUUACCAUGUCCCCAGUGUAAAGUUAUCCUCUUCUACAAGACCUAUACGCCAUUAAAUAAUAAAAUACCAGUUAACCAUGUUAAACUCUCUCUGAUAGGCUAUAUAUUAGGAAGAACUAUAGUUUUAUUUUAUUUUUUUUGCAUUUUCAUAAUUCACUGUGUGUGCCUGAAGUAAUUUUCCACCGUGUUAGUUUGUAGUUUCUCGACUUUAAAAUAAAGAAACUUCAAUUCCAUUGACACCAUGUUCAGGAUGUGACAUAUUUUUUUGUGAGGGAACUCAAAGGAGCAAAGUAGGGUGAGAAUAAACUUACACUGAGGCCAAAAUGUUGCUGCAUACCAUGAUCCCUCAAAGAAAUGCCUCAGGAAUCCAACCAUAUCAGCCUUGUGUCACUAUCACAAACACUAAAAUAUACAGGCUACAUUUGGCCCUGGUGUACCCUGGGAAUUGACAGCAGUUUCAUUAGAACCCAUCUCUGUGAUUUCUUGUCUUUUAAAGAAACAAAUGGUUAUUGGUUUGCUUCACAACAUAGAUUACAGUGAAGAAAGAUGGCAAAGAUGGGCAAGGAACAGAAAAUCACAUAAAAGGUUUUGUAGCUAAUUGUUCAGGGAUAUAGAUAGUAUAGAUAUAGAUGGAAAAGACACAAAGUUGGGUCAGGGAUAAUGAUAACAUUGAAAUUUUAUAUUAUGAUAUACCUGUUCUAUUGGCCCUCAAAACGUCAAAUCAUACCAGAUAUUUUGUAAAGAUACCAUUGAAUUUUCAUUAUUUUGUACAGGUGUUCAAUAUCUUCAAACUUCCCCAUAAUCAUGGUAUGAAAUGGCAUGCAGUAUUUCUGAGUGUUUCUUUGAGAUUGUUUUUUGGAAAAACUCCUGAGACACUUUUUACACUAAAACACAGGAUUAAAAAAGUUUUUAACAGCUCAGUGUUUUUACUGUAAAUUAGGUCAAUACUUUAAGUUGACCCUAUCUUUUACAUUAGUCCUGUUGAUGUCUGUUCUCAGUGUAACUGGAGAUAAAAGGGCUCAUUUUCAAGCAGCAUUUUCUGCCAUUCAGUAUCAAAAUCAGCUUCUGAAAUGCUAGAUGAAGCAUUUUGGUAAACAUAAAGCCUUCAUUUGGUUUUGUCACAGUUGCCGUUUUAAUAUAAUUUCAUCGUGCUCAAAUGAUGUGUUUACAUAUUGAUGCGUGCAUUAUAUUGUGCUCUGUUUACUGACACCCACAAAAGUAAACAUCUUUGUCAGCAGCAGCUGCUUUCAAGCCAAGUUAAAAGUACAUAUGUGUUAUUUAAAACAAAAGGAAACGUUAAUAAUUCUACAGUUAUAAUGCAUUACACACAUUCUAAAAUGACGGAGGGAUGUAAACUAGUUGUAAAUAAUAUUAAAUGAAGUAUCUCUAUUCAUCACUUUUAUUCUAGAGGUAAGGGUAAACCACUCCUCCCAGUCACUGACUAAAGAAAUUUGCAAAGAAAAUGAAACCAUUGCAGGUAUUACACAUAUUUUUUGUGUUACUUUGUCAGGGAGGAAUUUUCACAUUAUCAGCAGUUCAUGACAUAAUAUCUCAGUUUUAAUCCAUGGAUGAUAUAUGGAUAAAUUUAGAUCUCUAAUCCUAGAAUAAAUAUUGCUGCGCAUCAUUUAAACUAGGUUACAGUAUCUUAUACAGAUUUUUCUUGUGGGUUGGAGUUUGCUUAUUAAUUUGUAGUUUCUAAAUGAUGCAUGUAACCAACUGUUUCAUGGUAGAGCAUGCACCUUUUAUGUAUUACAGUAGUAGGUUGCUUGUAGUCUCCCCACAUUUUAUGUCCCGAACAACAAUUUGUAAGAAAGAAAUGAGAGCAGAGGGUGUAAAAUUGUGUGUGUGUGUGUGUGUGUGUGUGUGUGUGUGUGUGUGUGCACAUGUGCGUGUGUGUGUGUGCGUGUGUGUUUUGCAGUCUUUAGUCAUUGUUAAUAAUUGGGACUGACCUGAGCUGACACUUUUUUAUGUAAAACCAAAUGCUGUAAAUGUCUGUAUCUCUGUAAAUUUUUGCACUGUUUAAUAAAGGCUUUGUCAUUGUCCCUAUA